AUGAGCGGCCCCACGCAGCGACUGCCUUUCUUAACGGCAGCCGAAGAGGCAUGUCUGCGGCCGGGGCCGUCUGGACGGGUCCUGGGAGUUGCUACGGCGGGAGACUUUUUUACGCUGUUUCUCAGAGACGCCAGCGAGUUUUCGGGGCAGUACCACACAACUAUGGGCGACCGUGGGCUGGAAGAGUGGCCGUGGGAGGAAGACGGCCAGAGGCAGUACGAGGGGUCGCUUCGCAAGGUCCACUUCAUGUCCCCUGUGCGAAAUGCCCCCGAGCUAAGCAACGAAACCCGCGUGGAGGAGGAGCAGCGUUGGGUGUCGAGGGGGCAUGCCCAAGCCACUCUCGAGAUUAGAAGAAGGCUGCCGGAAUUGAGAGACGGGCGUCGGUUUGUGGUGGCGGUGAGAUGGGUCAUGAAGUAUGACGGUUUCGGGUGCUCCCUUGCAGUUUUCUGCGGCACCCUCUUCUACAAGCCCUCGUCCUACGCAAAGGAGAUUCGGGAGGGGUGCGUGCGGGGUUACGCUCUGUCCGUCAAGCGGUGGUUCGUCCAGGCGGAAAAGUACGUUAAGGCCCACGGCGCCGUGCAGCUGCGACAGAGCAAAGACGGGGGGGGCGGCGCCGGCGGCGGCGGAGCCGAGGAGGAGAGGGACGGGAAGAAGAUGAGCGGUAGAGUGGUAAAACGAGUAAUACAGGGAGAGGCUGCUGGAGAUCUGGUGCUGGAGGAAGAUCUGAAAAUCGGAGGGGCUGGCAUUCCCAUCGGGCAGGAGGGUGCCGGUGCUGGUCUGGACGGGCUGAAGGAAGGCAGAAGGCCAAAGGGCCCGUAUAUGUCUGGAGACCUAGAGGAGUCGAGUGCCAUGUCUCACGUUACUGUCGAGUCAGCCCGCAGUGGAUCAUGGUCGGGCUCUAUCGUCGGCGGUUUCGGUUUUGUUGACUACCCGGCAGGCAUCCCUCCAAAGCAGUGGGGACGCAUUCAAGACCGGACGGUGCGAUGGCUGAUCCGUUCCAUGGGUGGCAACACCAACACAGCGGCAGUUGUGGCAGCGACGCACGCCGCAAGUAGAGAGAAUGAAGGCAGCGUGGUCAGCGGGAGCACCUCGUUCAGCGCGGGAGGGGGGAGGAGUGGUCGACCGUCGUCUUUGUCCAAUGCGUCUGGAGGAGGCGGUGGAGGGAAGGGGGGGGGGUGGGGUGCUGGUGUCCCCGGGGUGGAAGGGCCGCCGUCACCCGGUGCGGUUAGCAUCAGAGAGGAUGAUGUGGUCCACGCGAAGUGGCUGGAACAGCUUAGGGUUGUGUGGCAAGGAGACAAGAAGGAGGAGGAGGAGGAGGAAGGGAGUCACCAGCGGUCGUCGCCCUCCUCCGGCAAGGAAGCAAAGCAGCAGUCGCCACCUUCCACCGAUGAAAAGGACAAGGCCACGAGCAAGGAGGGCGAGGACAGCAAGGACAAGAGCGAGGACGGCGAUACGGACACGGCGGAGAAGAAGCCGUCGGGUGGGGACUCCGUACCACCGGAGGGGGAGGAAGGGUCGGGAAAGGACAGCGACGGCGUGGCAGAAGCAAAGCAGGACGAGGGGGCGCCGUCAUCGACGGAACAGGGGGGUGGGGGGGUCCCGGAAGAAGACGUGUCUUCGGAGGAGAACAAGUCUGGGGACGGUGAUGGUGGUGGCUCGGGAGACAGGCCGGUGGCGGGUGUGACUGAUCCUGCGGCAGCGGAGGGGGCUUUGACGGCCGGCCGUCGUGCCGCAGCGGAGAAGCCAUACACGGUGCUGUUCCAUGGGAGGAGGCUGGGUAUUCAACUUCGAGAGAUGCACAAGAUUCCUAUCGUUGGAGGCCUGCAGGGGUAUGACCCUGAUGGGACUCAGGACAGCAGAGGGGAAGAUGGGGAGGACGAUGAUGGCUCCGAGGAGGAGAUAGAUGGACUGCCGGUCGAGGUGUCCCCCGAACCCAGCGCCUUCGACGAGCUAUCUCUAGCCCGCCUUGGCACGCUGGGUGGUGGCAGCGCCGCCGGGAGGGGGGCCGACGACCUGCAGACCAUCUACGGUGGGAGCGGCGGGGCCGGGGGCGGCAUGGGUACGGAGACGUCGUCUAUGAUGGACAGCCAGUCGGACUAUGAUGUCACCGUGAAGUGCAUCGUGCAGUGCUCCCAGCUCUUCGGAGAAGGGGUCAAGAAGCUGUGGAGAUGGAAGCCAGCCCCUGCGGCAUCAAACGAUGACGCCGCGGACCCAAGCGUCGCCGUGAGCGCCUUCAUGAAAGGCCUCAGCGUGCGGUUAGGCCUGGGGGAAGACAACCCUGGCGUCCGAGUCAGCUAUCUUGACAUGGAGGUUGGAGACGGGGAAGGAGAGUACGUGUCCCUGGACGUGGAGGCAUGGGGCGAUUUCUUGGAGAGCCGUUUCAAGCGACUUCUGGUCACGGUAGACCCGCCAGAACCCGGGCAACGCGCCGAUGCUCGAGGCGGACAGCGACCUCCGGAAGACGGCGAGGCAACCUCUCAGGGGAAGGAAGGCAAGGGAUCGGCGGGAUCGGCCCAAGAACCGGUCCUGGGAAAGGGCCCGGAGUCGAGCUCCGGGGCGGCGGGAGACGAUGCCGCCGGCGAGAAGGAGGGAGACAACCAGGGCAGCGAGAAGGGCAAAGGCGAUGAUGGGGUGGAGAUCUCAUCGUCGUCUUCGGAUGCGUCUUCUUUGGCUCUUGGGGCAAAGCCUGCAGUUCAAGCAGCAGCAGGGGCUGGGCCAGGGAGAGACAAGCGUGGCAGGGACAUAGUGGUGGUGGAGCUGGGAGCCGAGACGGAGGAAGAGGGGGACGGCAGCAGAAUGGAAAGCGGCGAUACGGGAGCGACGGAGGAAGAGGAGGCGGCGGGAGAAGGAAGUGGAGAAGAGGCACAAGAGAAGGAGGAGAAGGAGGAGAAGGAGGAGAAGGAGGAGGAGGAGGAGGAGGAGGAGAAGGAGGCAGGGCCGAAGAAGGUUGUCGAGGGGAAGAAACCGGGUAGCAUCACCGCCAAGAUGCAGGUCUUGAGGGGGAGGUUGAACCGCAUGGCCGUGCCCUCCAACUUCCGCCUGUUCGACGAGCACUCCACGUCCCCGACCAGCGCCGACGCCACGGAGGAGGGGGAGCAGACAAGCCCGAAGGAGGGGGGUAUGGGCGGGGCAGAUGGUGACUCUGCGGGGCCGCGGGAGAGAGGACCGCGCGGAGGUCAUGGGUCGAAGCAUGGCGGUAUUGGCUGGGGUGCCGAUGAGGACGAGGAGUUGGACGGGAGCGGGAAGGGGCGCGCCGGUGGUAAGGGCGAAGGGGGGCCCGCGGAUGAGGACGCUGAGGAGGGCUAUACCGCAGAGCUGUCUGCGAGGUCUACCGGAACGGGCAGCACGGUCGGCAAGCCCAAGGUGGCGCGAAGACCGUGUGUGGGAUCGGUCCUCGUCUCGGUCAACGGCGUUCGCACUCAAGGGCUGUCCUUCGCCAACGUGGUGCAGCUCCUCAACACCCGGGAGAGGCCCAUGGCCCUGGAGUACGUGGACUCGUGGGACACCAUAUUCCAUCAACAUCACAUGGAAACCCAGGUUCGGGAAAAGAUCUCUCGUGAGACGUUCGAGCAAAAGCUUCUACACCCCCUGGCGGGAAAGCUGAGGAAGCAGGUGGAGGAGUGGAUGUCGGCGUUCCGCGAACAGGACCUACGGGCCAUGGUUGCCGAACCACAGACCGGAAGCGAGCAGCAAGAUCAGGGCGCGGACGCUCAGGGGCCGGCGGUGAUGCUGUGGUCUCUCAUUCGUUGGCUGGAGCAGGAGUUGCCUGACGUUGGUAUUUUCAACAACAAUCACCGCGCGGGUGGCGGGCUGCCGGCGAUGGGAGAGCUGCAGUGGACGGACGUGAAGCAGCAUCUCGAGAGACACAUCUUCGAACAGGUGUUCGACCGCUGCUUGACGUCCGCACCAGUCUACGGCCGCGGUGACGAGGAAUUGGCCGCUAAGUUGGCGUCUCUCCGGUUCCUGCGCCCUCGGCAUUGGUGUGUGGACUCUCUCAAAGACACAGAUGCCGAGUCCGCUGGUUCUUACGGGAGAGAGUGGGAACUGGCCCAGGGGGAGCUGUGUCGGCUGGUAGAGUACCGGUGCCCUUUGGACAUGCUGGACUGCGUCAAGGCGUGCGUCAAGCUCGUCGCGCUUAGCGUGGAAGCUUCACUUGUAAAGAGGCAGCGAGAACUAGACCCGUCCUCAAGGUCGGGAGGGUUGAAACCUGUGGCGUUUGGCGCCGACGACAUACUACCCGCCCUCACCUGGGUCGUCGUUCAGUCAAACCCUCCCCGUCUGGCGUCGCGGCUGUGGUUCACCCACUACUACAUGCGAGCGGGCGCGGAGGGCAUGGGGGAGGGUGCCUACUGCUUGACGCAGCUUGCGAGCGCGCUGGAGUUCGCCAGACAUGCCGACGCUUCGGUGUUGGCGGACAUCUCGGAGGAUGAGCUGAACGAGGGCCUGGAGAAGCACAAGGCGACGCAAAAUCUAAUCAAGGCCGCCAGGGAAGGCGACAGCGAGAGCGUUUCCUACUGGCUGGGAGCCGGCGCAGACCCGAACGGCCUGUCGAGCGACCAGCAGUUCACGGUCCUCACGGCCGCCAUUACACACCGAAGGCGCGGGGUGAUCAAGAUCCUUCUCGAGGGGGCCUGGAGCGACAUGGUGGACCCGAACAGGCAGAUCUGCCCCAACUACGGAGUUGAGCGAGGCCGGUCUGCUUUGAUGGUGGCAGCCGCCAUGGGCGACAUGGCGACGGUUCUGUCGCUGUUGAGGAUUCCCGGCAUUGACCGGCGCCUCGCGUGCGCCAACGGGAAAGACGCCGUGGACUACGCCGUCCAGCAGGGACAUUUGGAGGUGGCGUCCGUGCUGCUAGCCGACCCGGCGAAGGCCACCCUCUGCCAAGCGGCGAAGGCCGGCAACCUGUCGUACGUCAAGGCCCUUCUCCUGCAGGGGCAGGACCCCAACCAGACGUCCGACUACACGGGGCAGUUCACGCCCAUCAUCGCGGCCGCUUUCCUCGCCCACAUCGAGGUUCUAGAGUCACUCUUGGAGAGCCCGUUGUGCGAUCCCAACCUGCCCAACGCCAGAGGGGAGACGGCGCUCAUGUACUGCUCGCAGAGGGAGGGCUACGCUACUGGAGACACGCAGGUGGCGGCGGCGGUGAAGCUGCUAGCCAAGGGGGCAGAUCGUCACCUCAGAGAUCACGAGGGCAGGACGGCCAUGGACUGGGCGGAGCGCUUUGGUAGCACGAGGCUGCUGGACGUGUUGCUCUUCGAUCCCAAUAAGGUGAAGAUUUUCCUGUUGGCGAGGGGGCGCGACGUCCGGGGUGUUCUGGCUCUGAUGGAGCAGGGGGUGGACCCGAACACGACUUGCCCGGAGAAGAAUUACACCCCUCUCAUCGCCGCUGUCUUCAACCAGGACGAGGACAUGGCGUCGGCGCUUCUAUCGCACCGCACGACCGACGUCAACGGGCCCGGAAGGCACGGCAUGACCCCGCUCAUGUACGCCGCACAGGCCGGGCACGACAGGAUGGCCGUCUUGCUGCUGCGCCUCAGGGCCGACCGGUACCGGUGCAAUGACCAGGGGGAGACCGCCCUCGAGAUCGCCGCCGUGCGCGGGCACACGAGCGUCGUCAACGUGCUCAAGUACGACCCGGAGAGGCUCUCGAUCUGCGCAGCCGCUUCGAACGACGACGGUGCGGCUUUGGACGGGCUGUUGGCGCAGGGGGUGCAAGUGGACAGCCGGCACCGCAUCAGGACCUACCGAGGGUGGCACCACGAGCGCUACACCCCUCUCAUCGCGGCGUGCUCACAGGGCCACGCAGGUAUGGUGAAGCGUCUCCUGUCGGCGGGCGCGAUCGCCCACCUCCCCAACCUCCUGGGACAGACGCCUCUCAUGUACGCCGCUGGCUUCGGCACAGAGGAGGUGGUUCUGAAGCUCCUGGAGGCGUUGAAACCGGGGGGACGAAGGAGUGUAGACAGCCAGGGGAGGACGGCGUUACGCUUCGCCGAGAGUUCGGGGCACGACGAGGUGGCGUGCAUUCUUCGGGUGGACCCUUCGGUGAGCACGAUCCAAGAGUCGGCCGCCGCCGGCAGGGUGCACGAGGUCUGGGCGCUGAUGCGACAGGGCAUAUCGGGAAACGAGUGCCGGAUCACCUCGAUGAAGCGGCUGUUCGAAAGCACUCGGGUUGCAGACCUUCCCGACAUCAUGGCGCGAGCCAACAAGUACCGUUCCGCCUUGGAGCCUGAGGAGUACGCCCUAACACCUCUAGCGGCGGCGGCGAUAUUCUCCAGGAACCGGGUGAUCGAGGCGCUGCUCGCAGACCCUUCCGUCAAGGUGGACGUGAGGGACGCGUUGGGCAGGACCCCUCUCAUGCACGCCGCAAGGUUCGGCAGCGAGGGUUGCGUGCUUCGCCUCAUCAGCCACGGAGCCGCCAGACACAAGAGGGACAAGGCCAUCGUCGGGAGGAAAACCGCUUCUGAUCUGGCCAUCGCUGCAGGCCACCUCCACAUCGCGGGCAUCGUCAGCGCGGACCCCAAGAAGAUGGAUCUGAUGGAGAUUGCGUCGCAGUUUUUCACAACGCUGCCAUCAACAGGGGCGGCUGGUACUGCUCAACGGGCUCGUGAAGCAAGACGUGAGCCUCAACUACGUGGACCCGUCCAACCCAUACCUCACCCCGCUCAUCGCGGCUAGCGCUAACGGCCGGGACGAGUGCGUGAGAAUAAUUCUGCAGUGUCCAGGGGUUCAGGUGAACCGAGCAAACUCAAAGGGAGAGACGGCCCUGAUGCACGGGGCAGCUUCGGGCUCCGUGAAGAUUGUUCGCCUGCUCAUGAAGCACGGGGCGAAUCCGUCGGCAAGAGACAGGAGGAACAGGACGGCGGAACACUGGGCGUACAAGCAGGGACACAUGCACAUGAUUCUCGUGAAGGUGGUCAUGUGGUUAAGUCCACCGAUAAAACAAUACUGAGCUUGCAUCUGGGUGAUUCUUGAUGCUACCGAUGAGGAGGCGGGUGCGAAGGAAGGGAAAAACUAAUCAUUCCUACAAAUACACGGUUCGCCGCAAGGGGGGGGGGGGGGGGGGGCGAUACACGGGCCCCGUCUCUGAACGCAAGAAAUAAAAUGUUUUUUUUGCGCGGGGGUAGGCUGCGCUGCUUCGUUUUGGCGACUAUGUAGCCCUGGUUUUGUUUGAGACCCACCCUU